UACUCCACGCUGAAAGAAGUCGUGUCUUUAUUUAUGAAAUCUACUCACCACUUGCGGCGAAAUUCAAAACCUCUGAAAAUGUCUGACUCAGUUUUUGUGAAAUCUGUGCGGAUUGCUACUGUUGUAACAUUAUAUUGGGUGAUCUCAAUAUCCAUGGUUUUCUUGAACAAGUAUCUUCUCAGCAGUCCUGACCUGAAGCUUGAUGCUCCACUGUUUGUCACUUGGUUUCAAUGUGUUGUUUGCUUAAUUUGCUUGUUCCUUCUGAGUUUUUUGGGAGAUAAAUAUCCAUGGAUUGACAAGUUCCCAGCUUUCACUAUUGAUCUAAAGGUGUCAAGAGAGGUUCUUCCAUUGUCCAUUGUUUUUGUGGGAAUGAUUACUUUCAAUAACCUGUGUCUCAAGUACCUUGGAGUGUCAUUUUACAAUGUUGGAAGGUCACUUACAACUGUUUUCAAUGUGAUCUGUUCCUUUAUUAUCCUUGGCCAGAAGACAUCCUGCAAAGCCAUGUUCUGCUGUUCCAUUAUUAUUUGUGGUUUUCUUUUGGGUGUCGACCAAGAAGGAAACUCAGGAGAACUGUCCUAUCUUGGAAUUCUGUUUGGAGUGUUAGCCAGCCUUUGUGUAUCCCUAAAUGCAAUUUUCACCAAAAAGGUUCUCCCAGUUGUUGAUAGUAACAUCUGGCGUCUACAACUCUAUAACAAUUUUAAUGCUGUAUUUCUUUUCCUGCCUCUUAUGGUGAUAUGUGGUGAAGUGAAAGUGAUCUAUGGCUUCCACAUGCUCAAGUCAGUAUACUUUUGGGGUAUGAUGGUAUUGGGUGGGUUGUUUGGAAUCGCAAUCGGAUAUAUAACAGGCCUUCAAAUCAAAGUGACAAGUCCAUUGACGCACAAUGUAAGUGGAACUGCCAAGGCUUGUGCUCAGACAAUUCUCUCUGUGACAGUGAAUCAUGAGAUUAAAACAGCUUUGUGGUGGUUUAGUAAUGCGUUAGUUUUAGGGGGUUCAACUGCUUACACAUUUGUGAAACAUAGUGAAAUGAAAGCACAGCAUAACAAGGUUGAGCAGACUCACAAAGGCAAUGGAAACCAUGGAGAGCAGAAAAAUGGAGGGAAUGUUGUUUAGUUUUUUUAAGUCUUGUUUAGUUGCACCAGAGAAAUAUUUCUUUCAAAUUAUUAACUUAGUUUGAAAGUUUUAUGCUGAGAAUUUUGCUAUUCUCAAUAUUAAAGUUAAAUAACCCUCUUUGCCUCAGUUGUAACUUCAAAGAUAAAAUGAUAUUUAUAAGUUAGAGAAAACCAGGGUCAGUUAACCCUUUAACUCCCAAGAUCUGAUUGUCAAUUCUCCACUCUAGCAACAACACAAUUCUUGUAAAUGAGCUAUAAGAAUUAGGUAAUAGAUCAAGAUGACAUCUUUAACCUGAUAAGUUUGAAUAUUCUCGUUACCUGUUUGCUGAAUAAUGUAUGAAUAUUACAGGGAGAAGUUACAUGUUAAUCACUUAGAACUGGGAG